AUGUCCCAAGAUGCGCCGGUGAGCAGAAAGGAAAAGAAAGCGCAGCGAGAUGCAGAGCGACGUGGCAAGGGCAAAAAGCGCAAACGCGAAGAAGUCGACGAGCAGCAGGAUGAGACGGACAAUGCGCUGCAGCAAGACUUCAUCCCCUUGAACGGCGACAAAGAAACAGCAGCAACGACAACAGUCACCCCCGAUACACCCAAAGUCAACGGCAAAGAGCGCUCCGAAGAACGCAAAACCAAGAAGCGCAAAAAGUCCAAAUCCGCGUCCAAGCCAGACAAUGCCUCCGCCGAGCAACCCGACGACACCGACGGCACGAAAGAACCGCGCAAAUCCCGCUUCAUCCUCUUCAUCGGCAACCUGCCCUACGCCACCACCGACGCCGACCUGAAAGCCCACUUCCAGAAAAUCGAGCCCUUCACCCUCCGCCAUCGCACGGACCCGAAGACGAAGAAGAGUAAAGGGUUUGCGUUUUUGGAGUUUGAGAAUUACGAUCGCAUGAAGACCUUGUUUGAGCCGAGUACCGUGGGCAAGGAAGAUGAGGGCGCGGGCAAGAGGAAGAAGAAAGAGCAGGGGAGGCGGAUUAAUGUCGAGCUCACUGCUGGUGGAGGUGGGACUGCCGAGGGAAGGAAAGAGAAGAUCAAGGCGAAGAAUGUCCGGUUGGACGAGCAGAGGAAGCGGAGGGCAGAGGUGGAGCGGAAGGAGAAGGAGAAGCAGCGGAAGAAGGGUGGUGGGGAUGAGGGCAAGGCUGCUGGCAAUGCUGCCCAAGAAGAGGUGUCUGACGUGGCAGACGAUACUGCUGGCAUUCACCCUAGUCGAUUAGCCCGCGUGCAGCGAUGAUGAUCUCUCGUUGCGCAAAGGCCGCUAGCGCAAUUUGUAUUGCGGACAAGGCGCUCAUCUACUGGUCACGACGGAGUGAGACUUCAUGGAAUGCAUGUCUCUGCCCUUUCAUGCAAGCUGGUGUUACAAUCUUGUCUAUCCGAGAUUUUCGAUCCGUCUCAAUGAAUGACCACAGACUAUGCUCUCAUUCACGCCCACCUGGCCAUGCAUAUAAACUGUCGGAAUGAUCUCCAUCCUCGUAGACCGCUGGCAUCUC